GUUAAAAAGGAUUCCUAGCGGGAGGAAGCAGCGGGCCCCUCGCUGGGCCCCAUCCGCGGGGCCUCAGCUACCCCCGGGAUGGCGGCAACCCCCGGGCCGCUCACAUCCAGCGGGGCCGGCGGCUCCGAGGCUCCGGGGAGCUCCCCGGGGACCGAAGACAGCGCCUCCGAGCAUUCGGGCUCCGGGAGCCGGGCUGGGCCCCACAGGACGACGGCGCCCCCUGCGUCGGCUGCCCCGAGCCAGGCCGCCCCGCGGGAGGCAGCUGGGAGCCCGCCAGGGCCGGAAGCAGCUGUGACCAGUGUAAGGAGUAGCACUGAUAUAAGAGACAUAGCUGCCGUCACUCAGGCCCACCAUCUGAGCUCAAAUAACCACCCAGAGUCUCAAGAAGGAAAAUCAGCACCAGAAUCAGGAAACAGAAUUGGAAAUUACCCCAGAUAUGCCAAGAGGCUAAAUGGCUGAAUUUCAAAGCUAAACCUAGUACAAGAGAAAACUACAUAUUAAACUUGCAUAUAUGGAUUUUAUAGAAUGAAAUAGAAAAGCAGGAGAAGAUGGGGUAUUUGGAAUAAUAACCUUGAGAACGACAAACAACAGCAAAAACCUGAACCAAGCGACAAAAUCCUGAAAACAAACCCCAUAACAAGCCCAAUCCACUCUCAACUUCUUUAUUAUCAUUCUGAGGAAAGAAGAGAAGACAGAAGUGAUAUAAGAAGCUAAGUGUGGUCACGCUUCCAAAUAAACUGGAGGACUUUCUUUACCAGCUAUGAGCUAGUUUAUUGUUUUUCUCCAAGUGUACUAAACAUCAAGAUAUGUGCUAAAAGUCAGGUAGUAAUGUCAAAUACAGUAGCAACUUAAUCUGAAAUGUUUAAAGUUAAAGUUUAUUUGUAUUCUUUGUAGGAAUAUCAAUAAAAGACCUCAAAUGUAUCUAUAUCUGUACAUGUACAAGAACCAUCAAAAAUUAUUCACAGAACAAAAAUAAAUCUUCUUUAGAACAAACCCAGGUGAUGAAAUGCAGAUAUGGAUCUCACAUAUGGAACAAUCUAAGUGCUACUAGCACAAAAAUAUGGCUUUAAAAAUAAAAUAAAAUCUUGGGUUUUGUUUUUC